UGGCUGUGGGAUAGCAGAGAGAAGUGGUACCUUUAGCAAUGCUAAUAAUGUACCUGUUUAAAUGGCACCUGCUCCUGAUGAUGAUAGCAAAAGAUACAGAGAAAGCAGAAACAAUCUGACAAAAGAGGAGAACUAAAAGCAAUAUUAAGAGAGAGCAUUAGUAAAAUGGGGAGAAGAAGGAAAAAUCUAAAGAAUUUAAUAAAUAAAUAAAGGGGGGAAUAUAAUGUCAGAAUGAAAUGAGAAGUUAUAUGAUGGAGCGGGAGAACAAGAGGAAUAAAGAAUGGGGAAAAGAUAAAGGGGACACAGAAGGCACCAGAAGAAAAGUUAACCAUUAAAUGGAACUCAUCAGUAUUACAGUACAGGAAAGGGGUUACUGUGCCAGUCUCCCAGGAGGUGCUGCAGAGACUUAGUCCUGUCCUGUUGUAUUUUCACCAGCCCUGAUAGUAAAAGUAGAGGGUGGGGAAGGCAACAAACUCCCCUGCUUGGAAGAUCUGUCACCUCUUUGCACUAAACGUCCCCUCCGCUUCCUUGCAACAGGCACAGAAAGAGGGAUCUCUACCCUCCCCUGCAAUCAGAGCUCACUCCUCCCUUCCUUUCCAGCACACAGAGCCGGUUCCAGCACUACUGAGGUUGCAUUCCCACCAACCACCUGCCUGCAGACACAUGGCAAUGUAUCCAACCACCUCCAGGGAACAAGGGAUGGAGGCAGACAAGCAAGAAGGAUGAGACCCCGGACCAUAACAACACCAAAAAGGUACAAAAAGCAAAGGGCGCCCUGGUCAAGUGUUAGAUACAGGGCUCUCCUCAGUGACAGAGUGUAAUUGACUCAAGAAAUGUGAGUCACUGACCAUCAAGAUGACUCUCUUAGGAGGAGAAAACUCUGAUUAUGACUACAGCGCUUUGAGUUGUGCUUCUGAAACCUCGUUCAACCAUAACUUCUUUGGAGAGUCCGAAACCCUCAAGGGUAUCUUCUACAAAAGGGCCAAGCUUAUCCAGCCAACCGAGAACCUCUUCAAGAGUGCUCACCCAGAUGAUCGCAAACACCAUGCCAUCAUAAAUGUUGGAGGCAUCAGGUACCUCCUGCCUUGGACCACCCUCGACGAAUUUCCUUUAACACGCCUUGGGCAGCUAAAACUCUGUAGUAACUUUGAUGAGAUCUUAAGUAUUUGUGACGAUUACGAUGUGACGUGCAACGAGUUUUUCUUUGACCGUAACCCUGGAGCCUUCAGAACUAUUCUGACCUUCCUGCAGGUGGGAAAGCUACGGCUGUUGCGUGAGAUGUGCGCUCUCUCUUUCCAAGAGGAGCUUCUUUAUUGGGGUAUAGAGGAGGAUAACCUGGAAUGGUGCUGCAAAAGGAGAUAUGUUCAGAAGAUGGAAGAGUUUGCUGAGCUUAACCUACAGGAAGGGGAGCUGAUUGAGAAUGAAAAUGCAUCUGAACCUGAAGAUGAAAGCAAAUUGGAUACGUGCAUGCGUCACUUAAGCGAUAUGGUGGAAAAGCCUCAGUCCGGGCUUCCUGGGAAAAUCUUUGCUUGUCUGUCUGUGUUAUUUGUCACCAUCACUGCUGUCAAUCUGUCCAUCAGCACCAUGCCAGACCUAAGAGAGGAGGAGGAAAAGGGAGAAUGCUCUAAAAUGUGCUACAACAUUUUCAUUGUGGAGUCGGUCUGUGUGGGCUGGUUUUCACUGGAAUUCUUACUGCGCUUUAUACAGGCUCCAAGCAAAUUCGCGUUCAUUAAGAGGCCCCUGAACCUUAUAGACAUUUUGGCCAUUUUGCCCUACUACAUCACUCUAAUUGUUGACAAAACAUCAGUGGGAGAAAAGAAGCCCGGCUCGGGAAACAGCUACUUGGACAAAGUUGGCCUUGUGCUACGCAUACUCCGUGCCUUGAGAAUUCUCUACGUGAUGCGCCUCGCCAGGCAUUCCUUAGGGCUGCAAACAUUGGGUCUCACAGCCAGGCGCUGUACACGGGAAUUUGGGCUUCUGCUUCUCUUUCUUUGUGUGGCCAUUGCUCUAUUUUCUCCUCUGCUCUAUUUGAUAGAGAAUGAGAUGGCAGACUCCCAGGAAUUUACCAGUAUCCCCGCCAGCUAUUGGUGGGCUGUCAUCACAAUGACAACAGUGGGUUAUGGAGACAUGGUGCCCAGGAGUAUUCCAGGGCAGGUGGUUGCUUUAAGCAGUAUUCUGAGUGGCAUCCUACUUAUGGCAUUUCCAGUGACUUCAAUAUUUCACACUUUCUCGCGCUCAUACAUUGAGCUCAAGCAGGAACAGGAGCGUCUCAUGUGCAGGAGGGCACAGCUUCUCAUGAAGACCAAGUCCCAGAUGAGCAACAUCUCCCAAGGAAGUGAUAUACUGUCUGAGAAUGCAUCCUGAGAGAUCAAA